ACAUAAACAUAACCUCAAUAUACUUUAUACUGAUUUUUAUGUAAAAAAAUCUAUUGUAAACUGUUAGUUUACCUGUGAUGAUAAAGUGUUCGUAGUUCUGGUACAAUCUCGCAUUGCAAAUAACGUUUUAUUUAUAUCCACUAUGAUCAGAAGACCAAAGCCAGGGGAAGGCGAAGAAGACAUUCUUCGAAUGCAAGAAGAAUUUCUGCGAGAGAAAGAAAAAGAUGGGAGCUACCAGCCAGCGGCUCAGGUGGUUAAUUUACGGCCCCCGGAACCCAAGCACCAGGCUAGCACCAGCAAAACAGGUACGCGGAAACCUUCAAAGUAUGCACAGUCUAAAGGACUUAAAAAUCACUCUGAAAAAGUUAUUAUAAACCAAACAAGUACUGGCUCUGUCAUGGGCGAUGUCUUAGAGAAGAAUUUAGAAGAAACGCCAAAAGAAAGUGAACCGGAAGUAGAAGAUGACAAAGUCUACUAUCCAAAGGUCCUACCAUCACUAUUAGGAAACAUUAUUGAGAAGAACUUAGAUCAAAUUGUUGAUUUAAGUAUCCCAUUUCCAUCUGAAGGGUUUCCAGUUGCCACAAAAAGAGAUUUAAGUAUCAGACCUGGUAAGAAAAGUAUUGAAGCACAGGCAGCCAAGAAGAUGAAGCAAGUGUCUUCAGAAAUGGAUAUUGAUGAACCUUCUUCUUCUCACCCUGCCAAGGACAACAACACAUCUAUGAAUCUUCCAGAAAAAAGCUACCUUGUCACAUCAAAGGAUGCAGCAGACAUUCAUAAUGACAAUAUAAAGAUACUCAGUAAAAUGACUGAAAUAGAAAUUUUGGAGGAGCAACAAAAACUGCUAUCUUCUUUAGAUCCAAAACUUGUAGCUUUUAUAAAAGCCAGACGACAAGAAAAUGUGGUAAAGGAUGUUGCAGAAAAGAUGGACACUACGGAAUCUACACAGCUACCUGCAGUAGACCUAGUUCACAAUGAUAGUUUAUGGGAAAAUGAUGUCCUCUCUCAUCCUAAUGUAGAUAAGUGGCUUCAUUGUGAUUCUUUGGAAAAGGACAAAUUAGAAUGGAUGAAAGGCAUUGAAGAAAGCAAGAAUUUAAAAGCAGACCAGCCUUACGAAGCGAGGUUUAAUUUCAAGGGAUAUCUUCUGCCUUACUCUAUGGAAUAUAAUGAAGAGAACAAGACACUGUUUCAUCACGGAAAUGAACCACAUAGACCUGGAUAUUCUCUUACAGAACUGAUUGAAUUAUCUCGUUCAUCAAUCACUCAGCAGAGAGUAAUGGCUCUGAAUACAAUAGCAGGUGUCCUAGAAUAUUACAGUGCAGGAAUAUACAAAGACAUCAUUGAAAUCCCGUUGAGCAAAAUGUUUUUUAUUGUCAGAAUUGCCAUGGAUGAAAAUAAAGUAAUCAUUUUAGAGCCAGCAUUGAAGGCAAUGCGCAAUAUAAUAUUUAACAGAAUAGACGAAGCAAGUCUCGACGCUUUAGUGGGUUUUGAAGAAGGAUUCAAGCAGCCAUGUUUAGAAAAUGACAAGUCAGAAAUUGCAGAGUUGGAGUCACAAGAAUCUGAAUUCAAUGACUUUCAUUUAGCAGAAAUAGAUAUUAUAACAGCACUAUUAAGAACAGACAUUUUACAGAGACUAUACUACGUUUUAGAAACUGUGAGGCCAAGUUUUAACUGUGUUCAAUAUUCAGUGCAAAUAUUAACAAGAUUAGCUAGGGAUUCAGUUGAAACAGCGAAGAAAAUUGUUGAGAUGGAUCAUCUUAUGGAGACAAUAAUGAAGCAUUUUAUUCCAACAUCUAGCAUCAAUUUUGCAUUCAGACCAGAAAUUGUGUAUAAUGGAAAACCAGUACUUUCUGCUUUAAAGCUACUAAGAGUUCUGUCCUUGCAGUCUGAAGAAAUUUGUAAAUUGCUAUCAUCAAAAUAUGAUAUCUUCAAACCAAUUUCAGAAUAUAUCAGCUCUGGUGUAGAUGGAACUUAUGGCUUGCGAAUUCAGAUAGAAGCAUUUUGCAUUCUUUCCAACUUAGUCCAUUAUGGCGUUAGUAUGUACAAUGCUACGACAUUGUGUCCUAUUAUAGAGACAACUAUUUACAAACAUGUGCGGGGGACUGAUAUUUACAUUAACUCUUCUGUUAUAUCAGCCACACACGCAGCAGUGGUUUUGCAAUCAGUUAGUAAGCUAUUGGGUGAUCGAUCUAUUUAUUUGGAUAGUUUCCAAAAUUCGAUUUUUUCCUUGAUGCAGCAAGGAAUCCCAAAGUGGUUGGCGCAGUUAUCCCGAUCUCAAAGCUUCACAUGCGCACACUUGCGUCUACUUUGUGCUGCUUUAGAUUGCUGCAGAACUAUAUUAUUACGAACCAUAAACUACCCAACAGAAUUUUUAAAUGAUUCUUUAAAAAGCUUUGCAACUUCUCGAGGCUAUAAAGAGGUCCUCAAGAAUUUGGUAUCGAGUUCAAAUCUGCUGUCUGGGAUUGAGAACAAAAAUUUACACUUGACAACAAACUUGGUGACUCUUGGCAGCUCAGUAGUUGACUCAGCACAAAAAGUUUUGCCACUGCUGACAGUGACUUCACCUGUACCAUUUCUAGCGUCACUUUUUAACCUUCUGAAAUAUGCAAAUAAAGAAGUAGCUGGACUAUUUUUGGAAAGUAUAACUACUUACAUGAAUAAAUUAGCAAGCACUAUACCUAGCCUCACUGAUAACUGGUUUACAAGAAUAGAAUCAGAUCUAAUUUUCCAUAUAGUGUACCUAGCUGAUCAAUGCGGGAUUGAAGAAGUAAAAACAGAUCUGGUAUAUGCAGUAGCAAGCAAACUUUGUUACAUUUUAAGAAUUGACAAAAAAGUCGAAGUAAAUUAUCUUUUCGACCAAGUUUUGUUCAACAAGGAUUGGUUCACGGCAGAGCGUUUAAUGAAUCUUGUAUCGCUUUCUGAUGCAGAUGGUUUAUCGAAAGCUUCUGCAGAAAAUAUAAAGCAAUGUUAUCAUAAAGUUAUUAACUUGAAUUAUGAAGACACUGGCCCUAACAUCGUAUUACGCAAAUGGCAAGAACCAAUAUUGCCAAGAGAUUGGAUUUAUUUACCGAUACUCUCUCUGUAUAGUAAAAGUCAAGAAACUGAAUCAACUCCUAAAGUUGUAGGAGAACACGCAAAGAAAGUGGCUGCAUUGAUUGCAGCGGAAAAAGAAAUGAUAAUAAGCUGCAGUUUAGAGUGGAUUUUGUUCAAUGAACUUUGCUUCCCUGACCUACUAAAUGACAUCGAUAAAACAGAUAGAUUCUGCCGCAUCAUGUGCGUAUUUUUAUGCGACAAUUCUUUGUUCUUGGAACCGAAAAUUAAGUUGCUUUUGCAAAAAUGUACGCAGAUGUUAUUCAAGAAGAAAGCGGCGUUUAACUUCGACAAGCAGCUUGUGGGUUUGAAUAAUUUCCAAGAUUUCUACACUCAGUUUCUGGAGCAGUUCCAGUCAGUUAGUUAUGGUGAUCACACUUUUGCCGCGUGUGUAUUGGUACCAUUAGCACAGAAACACAAUGUAAAAUGGAGAAAACUUUUGUGGUCUGAAUACGCAGGAUGCUUGAGGGCUCUUGAUUGUCCGGAAGAAUAUUUAUGCUACAAUAUGCAAGAGUAUUUAUGCCCAGAAGAAACUGAUGAGUCCCUAAUAAAGUCGUACGUCCAAGCACUCUCUGGUAACUUGUUAAGGCCCAAUACAAUAGCAUACAGAAUAGCGAAACAUCAUCUAGAAGCCUUUAAAAAUCGUACAAAUAAAUAACAAACUUGUAUAAUCCUAGAUGUAUAUAAGGUCUCACCUAUA